GUUAUGGGUUGGUGUCGGUGGUUUGGUAUAAGCGACGUUCGCGACCCUGCAGUUGGCUCGGUUCGUGAUACGAUUGAGCAAAUCAUAAAGAGGUCGGUCCCCUCGUCUCUGUUUGAGUUUGAGUUUGUCUGAGGUUGAGUGUUGUUAGACCAUAAGUGGUUCAGCAAUCAGUCCACUGUUUGCGCUUGUUGAUAACAGUCCGUCCUUGGCCGUGGUUCUUAUAAGACUUGCAUCUUCUUCAAUGGAUGGUCUUCUGUUACGUUCUUCUAUUAUUACUUAUCUGAUGGAAAUAUUACUGGUCACAUCGAUCACGCAUACAUCUCGUCUAACUCUAGACCUGCAUAUCCUUCCUGUCUUGACCAAUAACGACCUAGAUAGACUGUGAUAUCAUUCACCAGCACCUCGCUCCCAAGUCCAGCCUGAUCCUGCUCUACUCUACAUACAGAUCACGUCACCUUGUUUCUUUCCAGCAAACACUCACUCUCGCCUCCCGAUCACGCAGCCAGAUCCCUUCUACUCGAUCGUAUUCCCAGCAGCUGAAUCACCCUCCCGAGACAUACAUGUGUACCACAGCAAUGUGUAUCGCCCACUACCUCCACUACCACCAUGUGCCCCCUUGCUACCGCCCAACAGGCCUGAACUACUACUACUCGUAUUGCGCGGCUGCUUACUACGAUCCCGUCACCAGCCGGCCCCUCGCACCGUGUGGCAGCGUCUCAACCAGCUCUCCCCGCGGAGACCCCAGCGAUCCAUGUACCAUGAGCCAGUGCCUGAUUGAUCCGGGCUGUCGCUCUGGAGCAUGUCGACUCGCUGAUCUUAACGGGCAGUGGAAGUGCUGCAUAUGUGGGAGGCGUGGAAACUUUGACUGCCAGUGCUUCAAUUCUCGAUCUGCAGAUGUGAGGAUGUACUGCACGCACCAGGUUUGCGAGAACUGUACAGCCGACGAGACUUGACGAGGCGAGACCUCGAGGCCGAUAUUCUUCGGCCCUCCUCAUGGGAUUUGAGUUGCAGCUGAUGUCUCAGCUGCAUAUAGUCCGACGCUGUGGACGUCUGCAGGUGUAGCCCACGAAGCCACAUGUGCGAAUUCAUGCAGGCUACAUCUCAUGGCGUUUCCAUUCCGAUUUGAUUGUCAUGUCGCCAAUCUCGGUGAUUCACGAGGCAUCGACGAACUUCUGCAGAAGAGAGAAGAUCAUGGGAUCAAGGACGGUCGAGUAACGCCUUUCCGGCACGAGUAUCAAUAACCGAUUGAGGUUUCACAGUACGGUACAUUCCGAGGGUCGCCUUGUUCAUGACAUGACUGAGGAGAUACUUUCUCCUCUUACGAUAUAUCACAAACUCGCGGUCAUGGUGGAAUCACACUCGUCAGCUACACUACAACCCCCAAGCCGGCUUGCCAUACAUACUUCCUAGCUCCUAACUCCGCCCGCCUGGCACCGAUACUCAUGAGUAUCUCGAGAUUUUUUGCAGCCAUGUCCGCCCUCGGGUUCUAUCGCGGUUGGAGUUGCGCUGAUGGCAUCUUGAUGGAAGGGAAAGGAGAGCCGGUUUGAGAAUUAGAUCGGAAAAGCUGGAAGAUGUUUGGGAAUAUAUAAAACCCAUUAUCUCUUGCUGCGAGGAUGUGAGUGAGGUCCAGUCGCCAUCACAACAAAGCAAUGUCAACAGCUGCAAGUCCAAGUCGAAGAAAACUUGUACAGAAAGUCAAACAUCAUGUGCCAUCGAAUCACCUUCCGUCUCGCAUGCGAGCAUGUCUCAACACACAUAAGUUACUGUCCAGUCGGCCUCUCUCACCGCCGCCCCUGCAGCAACACGACCAAGCAGACCGUCCCAUACCCUCCGCCGUCGGGCUACACGCUGCCCAAGUGCCCACUCGCCAACUGCCCCUUUGAGGCCAAGAACCAGGCCUGGGACUGCUGCUGGUGCGGCAAGACGUGGAAUGUUGGUGGGCGGUGCAGUUGUGUCAUGAUUGGCGAGGGGGGCACGUAUCGGUGCGAGCAUAUCUGCUGCAAGUCGUGUAUUGCCUCGAGAGAUUAUUUCUCCUAACUUGGUAUGCGAUGCGAGGAGGAGGAAAGAUACCCUUGGGCUGGUGAAUCAUGAGUCGUUUCUGGAAGAAGAUCGUUUCGUUGGAGAUAGUUAGUUUGUCAACACGUUUACCACUCUACUCUCAUAU